AUGGCGUCUCUGAACCCACCUCAGGCUCCCCCGACGUGGACCCAUUCCGCCGCAGAUGUGCUGGCCCUCACCAAAGAGGCCAUCGCUCGCGAUCGUGAGCUGAACGAUAGGAUUGGUGCUCUGACACCUGCUGACUGCAACUUCACAUCCGUGUUCGCUGCCCUUGCCCAAGGAGAAGCCCAGAUUGAUUCAAUCGUCGAACCGCUCUCAUUCUACCAGAACGUGUCUCCCUCGAAAGAGUUGCGUGAUGCCUCCAAUGACGCGGAGGUCAUGGUUCGGGACUACGGGGUUGACGCGUCUAUGCGAUUGGACGUAUUCCAGGCCAAGUUGGCCGCAGAGAAGAACAUCAAGGAAUCAAACGUCAAGCUGAGUCCUGAAGAAAUUCGUCUGGUGGAGAAGAUGAUUCUGGACGGGAGGCGCUCUGGAUUGGCUUUACCGGACAAGGAACGCGAUGAGCUGAUGCGGUUGCAGAAGGAGCUAUCUCAGACAUGUCUUCAGUUCAGUAGAAAUUUCAACGAGGAAAACGGCUUCGUAUCAUUCACUCUGGAAGAACUGAAGGGCGUUCCGGCCGAUGUGGUCUCUGGUUACACAAAGCGCACCGAAGGAGAUAAGGAACUGUACGAUGUGACAUUCAAGACGCCAGACAUCUUUCCCGUCUUCAAAUUUGCAGAGAAUCCAGAGACGCGAAGGAUCGCGUAUGAGCGCCGUGAGGGCCGACUGGACGUUAACGCACCAAUUCUGAGCAAGGCCUUGGAGCUCCGCCGUCAGAUUGCUGCGCUUCUUGGGUAUGACAAUUGGGCAGACUACAUCACUGAGGUAAAGAUGGUGAAGAACUCUCGCGGCGUCAUUGAUUUCCUCGCCGAUCUAGAGCAGAAACUGCGCCCCGUAGGACUCAAGGACCGCGAAGUGCUUCUCGCACUGAAACAGGAAGAGCACGCAGAGAAGGGCUACCCGUUCGAUGGCGAAUUCUACGUGUGGGACUACUCGUACUACGACCGCAAGUUCAUCGAGCGCUCGCUAGACCUAGACGACCAGCUUGUGAAGGAGUACUUCCCUGUGUCAUUCGUCGUGCCUGCGAUUCUGGAAAUUUAUCAAAGUCUCCUUGGCGUGCACUUCGUAGAAAUGAAGGGGGAGACGUGGCACCCUGAGGUGCAGCAGUUCUCAGUCUGGGAGAAUGAUGCGAAGGAUGAAUCCGGGUUUAUCGGCUUCUGCUACUUGGACCUCUUUCCUCGCGCCUCGAAGUACUCGCAUGCAGCCGUCUGGCCUCUCCUCCCAGGGUACCAGCGCCCAGAUGGCAAGCGAAGCUACCCACUCGCCGCGAUGGUUGCGAAUCUCGCGAAGCCGACACCACAGAAGCCAGCAUUGAUGCGCCACGACGAUGUGGUCACGUUCUUCCACGAAAUGGGACAUGUAUUCCACGGGCUCCUGAGCCGGACGAAGUAUUCGCGGUUCCAUGGUACCAGUGUCGCAAGAGACUUUGUGGAAGCACCAUCCCAGAUGCUCGAGAACUGGUGCUUCGAGCCUGAAGUACUUAAGCGAAUGUCUCGCCAUUACGAGACGCAGCAGCCGCUCUCUCCUGAGUUGAUCGACAAGAUCAUUAAGAGCCGUUAUGUCAACGUGGGGCUGUUUUACCUCCGUCAGCUCUUCUUCGCAAAUUUCGACAUCAAGGUGCACACUGCGAAGACCUCAUCGGAUGAGACCGAACUGUGGAAUAAGCUCCGAGAGUCGAUAUCUCUCGUCAAGGGAGGGAAGCCUACGACUGGUCAGGCCACCUUCAACCACAUUGCAAGCGGUUACGACGCAGGAUACUACGGGUACACGUACUCUCUCGUGUUCGCUUCGGACAUGUAUGCAACAGUGUUCAAGAAGGGCCCCCUCGAUCCCGCACUUGGUCAGCGCUACCGUGAAAAGAUCCUGCAACCUGGAGGGAGUAGGGAAGAGCUCGUAUCACUUGAGGAAUUCCUCGGACGCCCGCCCAACUCUGAGGCGUUCAUUAAGGAAUUGUUUGGGCACACUUCGGCGGCAUCGCCGAAUCUCUGA